AAUGCAUCAUCCUAACUGACAACACUUUGGAAAAAGUCCCUCCAGCAAAACAAUCAUUCAGAGCAGCUUAUAUUUCACUGCAGAUUCUUCAAAAGCUUUAAUCCUCCAUGCGUGACUGAGACCAUGACUGCACCCCAAGCCCUCUGAGAGCGUCUUGAACGAAAGAUGCAACCAGGAGGUCAGCCUGCUCCACCACCUCUGCCACCUCCACCUCCACCUCCUCUGCCACCGCCGCCCCCUCCGCCACCUCCAGCCCCUGGCCUUCCUCCGUCCCUACAUGGCCCGGGCCUCAUUGCCAAGGGGGGGCACCGGCGCUCCAGAAUGCGCAAUUUCAACUGGGAAACGCUGCCCAAACACAGCGUGAUAGGAAAGCACAACAUCUGGACAUCGGAUAAAACUGAUGGGGAAUAUGAGCUGGACACCGAUCACAUGGAGGAGCUGUUCAGCCACAAGCAGGGCCAGCAAAAACUCAAGGCCCUGAACCGUCAUAGUCUGCGGCAUCUGCCAACUGCUGCCUCAGGAGGGGAAAUGGUUUCCAUCCUAAGCUCCAAGAGGAGCAUGAACAUUGGAAUUUUCCUAAAGCAGUUCAAGCGGCCUGUAGAAGACAUGAUCGAAGAAAUUAAAUCGGGAAGUAGUCUCGGUUUUGGUGCUGGAAAGCUGAGGGAGCUGUGCAAGCUGCUGCCAGACGAAGGGGAGAUGAAGCAGCUGGUCAGUUUUAAGGGUGUACAAUCCGCUCUCCCUGAAGCGGAUCUGUUUAUGCUAAUGCUGGUCAAGAUUCCCAGUUAUGAAGAGCGUCUCAGCGGCUUGGUGCUCAAAGAGGAAUUUUUCCCCCUCAUGGAUGAAAUGAAAACAUUCAUUGGCAUUUUGACAGCUGCUGGAAAGGAGCUGUUGGAGUCUGAUAAUCUCCAUUCUGUCAUUCGCCUGGUACUGAAGACUGGAAAUUACAUGAAUGCUGGUGGAUAUGCAGGCAGUGCAAUUGGCUUCCGAAUGGCUUCUCUGCUGAAGUUAGUGGACACCAAAGCAAACAAACCUGGAAUGAAUCUUAUGCAUUAUGUUGUGAUGCAAGCUCAGAAGGCAGAUGUGGCCCUGCUUAAAUUUCCAGAACAACUCAAACACAUUGAAGCUGCAUCAAGAAUAAAUAAAGGUGACGUUGAAGCAGAGUUUGGAACACUGGUAAAGAAAGUACAAGAUGCCAAGGCGGACACUAUGAAGCAGGAAGACCUACAGGUACAGAUGGAGGAUUUUCUAAAGGAGGCUGAGGUCUGCUUGGCAGAAAUAGAGACUGAUCUUCAGGAACUGCAGUCAGUGAGUGACUCCGUGGCAGAGUAUUUCUGUGAAGACCCAAAGAAGUUCAAACUGGAGGAAUGUUGCUCCAUUUUCAAUUCCUUUUGUGAAAGAUUUAUGCGCGCCAUGCAAGAGAACAAGGCUCGAGAGAUGGCAGAGGUGAAGCGGAGACACAGAGACAGAUUACAAAACGCUGCAAAGCGCAGGUCCACAGCUACCUGCUCCAGUAGAGACAAGGAGAUGGAUGGUAUCGCCUUAGAGUCUGUACUACAGAAUUUCCUUUCCAAUCCAGUCUGUCGGAGGAGACCCGGAGGGCCCUCAUCCACUAAUGGAAGCCCAACGACUGGCAGCCCAAACAAUGGGAGCUUAUCAGAAAUUACCUCACGGGCCAACCUCCUCGCUGGAAAUCAAAAGAGAGGUGGGUCGUUUAGAGCUAAGGAGAUGGGCAGAAAGGAGUGGAAUUCAGCAGUUGAACUCACAGAGAACUCUUCACAAAACAAAGCCCAGUCAAAUGAGGAGGACAACAAGACAAAACGUGGCAUUCCUCGGGAAGAAGAGAUGAAAACUUCCAGAAAAGAGGACUCUAGAGGAUUUACACACCCAGCCAAUAGGACCACCAGCAUUUCCUCCUCAGUCAGAUCUUUCUCAGCCACCAGUGAUGAUGGUGAGGAAGAUAUACAGGACAAUAAUGAGGAGCAGGCCCAAAAGUUGCGUGAAGCAUCUAAAAAAGUGUUGCACUUUCAGAACACCCAUGGCAGUGUCUCAUCAGGGGACUAUUCUCUGGAAAAUCAGAAGUCUCCUGGUGCAAGUACCAACUUGCCUCGUCAGCACACCUUUGACGAGAACACAGAGAGACAUCCCGGAGACCCAACCAACGAAGACUUGGUUAGAUUUUUGCUCAAUCCUCUUUCCACCUCAAAACGUAACCUCGGCCGCCGUCAUACUCUGCCUACCAAAGUCCCGAAAACUGAGCAAGAGGAAGAUAAUCUGCGGGAUCAGCCUCCAAUCAGAACUCCUAAUCCUGUGGCAAAAGAAAAGGGGACACUGCCAGCGGAGGGUGCUGAACACAAUCCCUCAAGACAAGCGUUUGAAUUUACUGAUCUAUCUGACAACUUUAAAAAAUCUUGUGCUCAAGACCCUUCAGAAAAGAAAAGCGAGCCAAAUGUUCCUUCAGCCAGCGUUCCAGAUGAAAAGCUUGGGGAGCAAAACCAAGAGGGCAAAUCAGUGGAGCCCACAGGUACCCACUUGCAGAGGAACAGUGAAAAUGUUCUCCCCAAGAGUCCGUGGAUUAAGACUGAGACCUCUGGACUAUUUUUUAGCUUUUUAAAGCGCCUUGGAGAUAUCAGCAAACUGCAGAACAGCAAGGAAACUGUCCAUAAGGGUGCUGAUUCCAGUGUAUAGACUUUGAAAGGUAUAAAAUUUAAAGUCAGGGAAGCAAAUACGAUUAUAGUGUUACUUGGAAUUAACUCAUCAUGGUGAUGAUUUAGUGUUAUCUUUAACGUUACUUCUGUAAAUUGAUGAUGGGUUGUAAAGGCUGUAAAGAGACAGAGUAGGUUCUAGGAAUAUUGUUGGAUGGUGUUUUUUGCUGAGGAAAGGUCAUUUUGUAUGUUGCACCACUAGAUGGCAGAAUAUAACAGUAACAUGGUAAACUGUUGUUCAGGAAAUAGGGGUGUUGUUGAUUUCCAGACAGUCUGUAUAUUGUCUCGUAAACAAAAGAACGAUGGGCACGGUCCCUGUAAAACAUUUUGUCGUAACUUUUUUUCUUAUCCAUGCAUGACAACAUUCCCUUGAAAAUAUGGCAUCGUCCUCACCAGAUGGAUAAGUGAGUUAAUGCUAACAGUGUCUUACAAUGUACAAUGAAUGUUGAGUGUGACGGUAAGAGAUAAUAGAGUAAUCAAACUGCAUUAAAAUUUUGCUUUGUUUGUUAUUUUUGA